UGUACGCUCACACCUUCCUCUGUACUUGCCAUGGCUGGAGAAAUAAUUUAUGCUGAUUUAAAAAUUCCUGGAGCCAGUUCCUCUUCAAGGCCACCACAACGAUCUCAGCACCUCAGUUCCCCUCCAUGUCCCCGGUGGCAUCGCAUUGCUGUAGGGGUCGGAUGGGCUGGGAACAUCGUCCUGACAAUAGCUGUGAUAGCACUGGGAGUUUGGGUUUCCCAGUUGCAUGUCUCUUGUGAAGGACAGACCAGAGGAACUCUGAAUACAUCGGAGAAUAACAAAACAGAGUGCUCCUGCCACGAGGAUUUUUGGUCUCGCUUGAAACCAAUUCUAUGUGAACCCCACAAUGGCAGCUUGGCAGAGGGCUCCGGGUGCAAACUCUGCCCCAGGGACUGGCUGCUGCGUGGGGACAAAUGCUACUGGCUGUCUAAGGAGCGUAAAAAUUGGACUCGGAGCCAUGACGACUGCUCGGGGAAAAGCGCUCAAAUGCUCGUGAUCCAGAACCAGGAGGAGAUGGAGUUCAUACAAAAUGUUACACAAGGUGCAAGCUACGCCUGGAUUGGACUUAAAGUGACAGCCCCAGGGGGAAAAUGGACUUGGGUGGACGGUUCCCCGUUAGAUCCAAUGCUCUUCUCAGGCUCUGCUGACGGGAACAGCUGUGGCUGGAUAGGAGGCAGCCGGAUUCAGUUUGAGACGUGUGGUGCUGAGUUCAAAUGGAUCUGCCAGAAAGAAGCUGCUGUGAUAUAAACAGUGGAGCAGAGGCUCUGGGUUUGUGUCUCGAUAAUACUCAGUAUCCUGAUUUAGGCUCAUGGGGCAGGAUUGUGGCUUUAGGCAGAGCUCUAAGCCGGGGGCAGAGCAGAGGCCCGAGAGG